AUGUGGCCUUUUAGUAGCCGUGCUCUCUUCCCACCCCCCACCGAGGCCUGGCUCCAGAGGGUUUUGUCGGACCCUGAGGCCCAGGGCUGGGGAGCCUGGAGCCAGACCGAGAAGACCCCUCUGGAGCCGGAGUAUGGGGACAGGAAGGAGGAGGAGGAAACGGGGAAAGAAGAGGACAAUGAGGAAGACUCAGACUUCCCUCUGUUCCUGCUUGAGAUAGAGAACCUGCCCGAGGACCUCCUGGAGGACCUGCCCAAGCACCCGGUGCCUGACCAGGAGCUAGAGGCCAUCAAACUGAACCUGUGGGCAGUGGAGCAAGCCCAGGAGCCGGAGCUGCCCAGAGCACAGGGCCGGGCAGGAAAAGAGGAGGGAGCUGGGUCCGUACUGGCUCCACAGCUGCGGGGCUGCCCCUGCCCCGAGGCCCCUGUGGAGAAGGCAGAGGCAGACCCCAGAUCCAUCUAUGUGGGCAACGUGGACUACGAGAGCACUGCCGAGGAGCUGGAGGCCUAUUUCAACCUCUGCGGGGAGGUCCAGCGGGUCAGCAUCCCGUGCAACAAGUUCUCCGGACACCCCAAAGGCUACGCCUACAUAGAGUUUGCUACUGAGAGCUCAGCCCACGCUGCUGUGGGGCUGGACCAGAGCGUCUUCCGUGGCCGAGUCAUCAAGGUAAUGCCCAAAAAGGCCUGCUUACCAGGAAUCAGCUCCACAGACCGAGGGGGCCUGCAGGGACACCCAGGUGCCAGGGGGACACCCAGGUGCCAGGGGGGCACCCUUCUCCUACAGCAGCAGCCUCCGGAGCGGGGCCCGCUUCAGACAGCGAGGGCAGAAGAGGCGAGUGCUGGUGGGAAGGACUUGGCCCAGGGUGGGUACAGCAUGUUCUCCGGCCCCCAGCUGCACUCGGAGCUGGGAAAGGAAGCCUGGAGCCAGGUGCCCGCACACCUGGGUCUGGCAUGA